CACCACCACCUCCUGCAAGGCUCGUGACCUGGACUCCCGGGGUGCUAAGGGCCAAGGGGCCUCAGCCUGCCUGGGGAAGGCUUGCCAAGAGGAGGUGACGGCGGGUCCGGGCGGAAAGGCCAGGAAGAGAAGCCAGGGAAGUGGCAUUGCCCGCCCGAGAGCGGGGCGGACGGGUGCCUGGCUGCUGGAACUCCCGGUGCCAGGGCGGAAAGACUACACUAACUACAUACGGGGCUGCAGAGAGGGGGAGGGAAGUUUGAGAGCACCCGAGGGCCAGGGCCAGCGUGCUGCUGCCGACAGAGGCUGGGAGUGGAGAUGGAGAGGACAGGUGUGACUCCCUUGGGUGGUCUCUCUCUCUUCUCUCUCUCCACUGUCCACUGAGCGUGUUGAUUGAAGAAGAGACUUCUGGGGACGGAAGGUGCUUGCUUGAUUAAGGGACUUCCAGGGCAGACAAGGAAAAGGUCUCCUUGUCCACACCAGACACAAACUCCUUGCCCAUCCAGAGCCGGAAAUACCAGAGUGCCAUGGGGUGUGGCGGAGGGGCCUGACAGACCACAGGGUUGGGAAAGGGCAGAGGACUCACCAGCCUCAGGAGCAGACCGCAGAGUCCCCGGACAGAGACUCAGUGGAAAGGUGGCCAGGUUAGAGCCACCACCAAAUAGUCCCCUGGACUCUUGGAUCCAUGGCUGGUGUUGGAGUGGGCCAGAACUGAAUUUGAAGAGGACAUACUCUUGGGAGGCGCUGCACCCAGUUUCCUGGCCAUGUGCAGCCCUGAGGAAACAGCCCUGCUUCGGCUGGAGGAGAUCUUCUCAGCCACCCUCGCCUACACCACCAGCCUCAUCCUGCAGCCUCUGCUUGAAGCCGACCCAGAGUCCCCUGAGCCCCACAGCCAGGAGUGUCUGCAUCUUGUGCAACAUCUGCACACCAGUGCCCAGCAGCUGUGGGACGUGACAGAACAGAGCCUCCGCUCACUGGGGGCGAGGCUGCACAGCCCAUCCUGCGUUGGUUUGGAGACCCUGGAGCUACUGUGUAGACCUGACCGUGUCGUACAGGCCCACAAGGAGUACAUAGAGGCCUAUACUGACUGCAUGGUGGCGCAGACCUUCCAGAAGUCCACGAAGAAGAGGAGCAGGUACUGGCAGAGCCAGCGGAAGGCCCUGCGACAGCUGCUGUGGUUGACCUCCGAGGGCUCGAUGGGCACCGCGCUGGGCCAGGCCCUCAGCCAGCCCCAUGCCAGGCACGUGCAGCAGUACGUGCUCCUCUUGCUGAGCCUCAGGGACACCCUGGAGGAGCAUCACCCUGCCCAGGAACUGGUCAUGCACGCAGUCACCCUCUUUGGGGACCUACAGUCCUUCAUGAGGCAGGCGUUGGACCAGGCGGAGGCCACCCAAGCCCUGUGGCACACCCUGAGCAGCCGGCCGAGGGAUGUUCUCUGCACUCCGAGUCACCGACUCCUGCAGGACAGCUACGACGUCCCCGUGACGGUCACCCCGCUGCGGGCUGAGCGCGUGCUACUCUUCGAUGACACCCUCGUCCUGCUGCAGGGCCACAACAUCCGCACCUUUGACUUGAAGCUGGUGUGGGUGGAUCCUGGGGAGGACAGGUGCAUGUUUCACAUCCUCACGCCUGAAGAAGAGUUCUCCUUUUGUGCCAUGGACCCCCAGAGCCAGGCGGUCUGGCAGGGGAAGGUGACCCUGGCCGUGUGCCAGGCCCUGCGUGGCAAGAAGGACUUCCCCGUGCUGGGGUCAGGCCUGGAAUCUCCGGUGUCUCCUGCCUGCCGCUGUGUGGCUUACACCUUCCGCCACGAGGGCCGUCUUUUCCAGGCCACCUAUGAAGGCGAGUGGUACCGGGCCAAGCCCCAUGGCACGGGAACCCUGAAGUGGCCGAAUGGGCAGAAUCACGUCGGGGAUUUCUCUCAGGGCUUGGAACAUGGCUUUGGCAUCCGCCUGGUGCCCCAGGCCUCCGAGGACAAAUUUGACUGUUACAAGUGCCACUGGAGGGAAGGCAUCAUGUGCGACUAUGGCAUCUGUGAGUACGGCACUGAUGAGGUCUACAGGGGUUACUUCCAGAAGGGUCUGCGCCAUGGCUUUGGCAUCCUUGACAGUGCACCCCAGGCCCCCCAGCCUUUCCGGUACACGGGCCACUGGAAGAGGGGCCAGAGGAACGGCUACGGCAUUGAGGAGGACCGCGACAGGGGUGAGCGUUACAUCGGCAUGUGGCAAGCUGACCAGCGUCAUGGCCCCGGGGUCGUGGUCACCCAGUCGGGCGUUUGCUACCAGGGCACCUUCCUGGGGGACAAGAUGGUUGGCCCUGGCAUCCUGCUUUGUGAGGACGACUCCCUCUAUGAGGGUACAUUCACCAGAGAUCUGACAUUCUCGGGAAAGGGCAAGGUCACCUUCCCCAAUGGCUUCACGCUGGAGGGCGCGUUCGGCAGUGGGGUAGGAAAAGGACUGUACACCCAGGGAGUGCUGGACACGGCUGCCCUCCCGCCUGACCCCAGCAGCGCCCGCAAGAGGCAGCUGGGGUUGGGUGCCUUCCCCGUGGAGAGCCGCUGGCAGGGAGUCUACGGCCCCUUCCGGGACUUCGUGGGCGCUGGCUGCCCCAGGCACCUGCAGGAGGCGCUCCUGGGCUUCGACGUGCCCAGUUCUCGACAGCUGCGCAGGCCACAGGAGUACCUGUGCUGCGAGAGGAGCCACCCCGAGGACGGUGCGGGCAGCACGGAAGACACCCUGCAGGAGCUGCUGCGGCACCAGGAGCCCAAGGCCCUGCAGAAGUACCUCAGGAAGGCUCUGAGCAACUCCCGACACCCCCUGGGCAAGCUGCUGCGGACACUGAUGCUGACCUUCCAGGCGACGUAUGCGGGCAUUGGGGCCAACAAGCAUCUCCAGGGACUGGCUCAGGAGGAGGUUAAGCAGCAUGCCCACGAACUCUGGGCUGCCUACAGGGGUCUGCUGAAGGUCGCCUUACAGCGGAACGGCCAGACCCUGGAGAAUGAAGAUGCCGACACAAGGGACUUUCAAGUGCAUGGGCUGCUGCUGCCCCUUGUCCUGCCCAGCUUCUACUCGGAGCUCUUCACGCUCUACCUGCUCCUCCACGAAAGGGAAGAUGGUCUCUACAGCCAGGGCAUUGCCAACCUCAGCCUCUUUCCAGACACCAGGCUGCUGGAGUUCCUAGAUGUGCAGAAGCACCUGUGGCCCCUCAAGGACCUCAGACUGACAAGCAAUCAGAGACACUCCCUAGUCCGGGACAAGUGCUUCCUGUCGGCCACCGAGUGCCUGCAGAAGUUCAUCACCACAGUGGAUCCCCGGGAGAAGCUGGAAGUGCUGGAGAAGACCUACGGGGAAAUCGAGGCCACGGUGUCACGGGUGCUGGGCAGGGAGCACAAGCUGCCCAUGGAUGACCUGCUUCCUCUGCUCAUCUACGUCGUAUCACGGGCCCGAAUUCAGCACCUGGGAGCUGAGAUCCACCUGACCCGUGACAUGAUGGACCCCAUCCACACGGGAGGCCUGUGCGACUUCCUGCUCACAGCCCUGGAGUCCUGUUACGAGCACAUCCAGAAAGAAGACAUGAGGCUGUGCCGCCUGCCUGGCCGCUGGGUGUCCAGGGAGCGCUGGUAGCGUGACUCCCUCCUGGACCCAGCAUGGUGUUGAAGGGCCGCGUGGACUUUGGGGUAGCAAGCGCUCCCCACCUCCUCCCCGCCACCCAAGUCAAACACUGGGCGGACUACAGAGGCAGCUUUCAAAGAAGAUGGCAUUUUUGCCCCCUCACAGGAGGACCACCAGAUGCUGCUCCAACCGUGGGGAGGGUGAAUGACCACAGCUGGCGGCUAACUCUUGGCCACUGGUCCAAGACCCGAGGACCCCUUACCCUAUAGCGGUAUGGUAUGGCGUGAGGAGCCCCGAUUUCUACCUGAUGAGCCAUCCAGCCUCAGGGCCACCCUUCUGAAUGAAAGUGGGUCCCAGCCAGCCGUGGUGGCGCACGCCUUUAAUCCCAGCACUCGGGAGGCAGAGGUAGGAGGAUCACCGUGAGUUCAAGGCCACCCUGCGACUACAGAGUGAUUUCCAGGUCAGCUUGAGCUACAGUGAGACCCUACCUCGAAAAAGCAAAAAAUAAAAACAAAGUGGGCCCCUAAAGAGUUCCCCAUCCACCUUGUGGAGCUCCGGAGUCCUUCCCCAAGUCUGGCCUCAGUUCACCGGGCUGCAAUGGAAAUUCUUACAACACAGCUUCUCGAAACUCGUUUGUCUCGUUUCUGUUUCACUGCUUCUGAACCGAGGACUCCAAGCUGCAGAAGAUUCCUGGAAACCUGCCUCCUCCCUUGCUCAGCGCCGGGUCAAACCGGUCUCUCAGAGGCUUUGGAGCGGGAGAGUGGCAGCUCUCCACCAAGCUGUGGCCCCAGCAGGACCCCUCGAUGAAGGUGUGUGUAAAAAUAACAGGGGUCACUUACCUGGCACUGAUUGACUCACCGCCAGCAGACUGCAGACGGCCCAUGAAACGACACGCCUGUGACCACCGAGGCCCGCCUACGGGACGGACAGCAGAGACAGGCCGUGCCUUGACUGAGAAGCCAAACUGUGGCUCAGGGCCCCAUAAGCUUUGGGAGUUUGGGCUAUUUAAAUGGUGGUCCUACAGCAACAGCAUGUGUUACCCAUCACCAGCAUUUGCACAGAGCAGGGAAUUCCGGUUUUAGUCCAUUGAUAGCACCGUGCAUGUGAGGAGAUUCGACACCACAGACAGCCGCAGGACUCUGUUUCCAUGGCUGCUUCUAUCACAUAAUGGGUAGAAACAUGUUACUGCUUCAGGGCUGUAAUGCACGUCCUGUGGCUCCGUUCUGUAAGAUUCCCUGAAGUUUCGAUACAUGCUGUUUUCUUUAAAUGACUUAAGUUUAAAGCAUCUGAGUUGUUUUCAGCAGUUGACCGUCUUGUCGUCCUUCAUCAGUGUGGCUUAAGGGCACAGCUCGAUGGCUCCCCUUUCUGUUGUCCGCUCAGUCCACACACGCACCUCUCCCCUGUCGACAGGUGGUACAGCUGUCAACGAAUCUUCAUGGACCUGAAGAUCAUUUCUUGUGAAGUUGAAUGCACGUAUACUGUCAUUCAUAGUGUUUAUAUAAAAAUACCAGGAAUCUUCACUUUUGCUACCUUGAUAUAGCGUUCGGCUAUCAUGUUACAACAUUGAAAUACAUCGAUUUAUUAAAAAAAUACUUUUAUAAGAAAAAAAAAUAGUGGUCCUAGUGUGAGACCACCAGAUACAAGAGGUGGGCCUCAGAGAACCUUCAUCCUUGCUGGGCCUCAAGUUCCUCCUUCCCACAUUGAGGGACUUGGGCCGGGCGACCUGCUGCCCCGACAAGACAGGUAGCAACAGGUGGGCAGGACUGUGCGCUGAAGCCCAAGGGUGAAGAAUAAGGGAAGGUUUAGGGCUGGAGAGAUGGCUCAGUGGCUAACACACUCACCUGAGAAGCCCAA